AGUUGUCGGCUGGGAAAUGGCGGCCGCGGGCUUGGUCGCCGUGGCCGCGGCUGCAGAAUGUUCUGGCCCAGUGGCGUCGGGAGGUAACCUUUCCGGUGUUAACUGCGGUCCAAGCUCCGGGACAGGUCCCGGUCCUGGCCCGGGCUCGUGGAGCCGCUCCCUCGAUCGAGCGCUGGAGGAGGCGGCGGUAACCGGGGUGCUGAGCCUGAGCGGCCGGAAACUGAGGGAGUUUCCCCGGGGAGCGGCCAACCACGACCUGACGGACACCACCCGGGCGGAUCUUUCACGAAAUCGCCUCUCAGAAAUUCCCAUAGAAGCAUGCCAUUUUGUUUCUCUUGAGAAUCUCAACUUAUACCAAAAUUGUAUUCGGUAUAUACCAGAGGCAAUUCUAAACCUGCAAGCUCUAACAUUCUUGAAUAUUAGUCGGAACCAACUGUCAACACUGCCAGUACAUUUGUGUAAUUUACCAUUGAAAGUCUUAAUUGCUAGUAAUAACAAAUUGGUCUCACUUCCAGAAGAAAUUGGACAUCUCAGACAUUUAACAGAACUUGAUGUGAGCUGCAAUGAAAUUCAAACAAUACCUUCCCAAAUUGGUAAUUUGGAGGCCUUGAGAGACCUCAACAUAAGAAGAAAUCACUUAGUACGUUUGCCUGAAGAGCUAGCAGAGUUGCCUUUGAUACGGUUAGACUUCUCCUGCAAUAAAAUUACAACAAUCCCUGUUUGUUAUCGGAACCUCAGGCACCUACAGAUGAUUGCCUUAGAUAACAAUCCAUUACAGUCUCCUCCUGCACAGAUCUGUAUAAAAGGCAAAAUCCACAUAUUUAAGUACCUGAACAUACAAGCUUGUAAGAUUGCUCCAGAUCUGCCAGAUUAUGAUAGGAGACCCUUGGGUUUUGGCUCCUGCCACGAAGAACUAUACUCAGGUCGCCCUUAUGGAGCCCUUGAUUCAGGUUUCAAUAGUGUUGACAGUGGUGAUAAGAGAUGGUCAGGGAAUGAACCUGCAGAUGAAUUUUCAGACCUGCCUCUUCGAGUAGCAGAAAUUACUAAAGAACAAAGACUACGAAGAGAGAACCAGUACCAAGAAAAUCGCGGCAGUGUGGUAGUAACAAAUGGUGGAGUGGAGCAUGACCUGGAUCAGAUCGACUACAUUGACAGCUGCGCCGCGGAGGACGACGAGGACGAGGCGAGGCCGCCCCGGGGCCCGGACGUGGCCAGCCUCAGCUCGCAGUUCAUGGCGUACAUCGAGCAGCGGCGGGUCUCCCACGAGAGUUCACCAGUAAAGCCAGUACCCAUGAGGGAGUUUCAAAAAACAGAAGACAUAAGAAGAUAUUCACAUCAAAACAGGGUUCCAGUUGAGCCAUCUUCUUUCUUGUCACUAUCACCAAGUCACAAUCAGCUGUCGCAUGCGGACUUAGAGCUUCACCGGAGAAGAGAGCAGUUAGUGGAGCGCACCCGGAGGGAGGCGCAGCUUGCUGCCCUGCAGUACGAGGAGGAGAAAAUUAGGACCAAGCAGAGCCAGAGAGAGGCUGGCCUGGACUUCAGCAAGCAGAAAGCAUCACACAGUCCGCAAAAACAACAACCCCUUUUAGAUGGCGAGUGUCCCUUCCCAUCCAGAAGGUCUCAACACACUGACGAUAGUGCCUUGUUAGUGUCGCUGUCAGGGUUGAAUCAAGUGGGCUGUCCUGGUACCCUGCCUCAUUCUUCUGCCUUCACUCCUCUUAAGAGUGAUGACAGAUCUAAUGCUGUAUCAAGUUCACCUACAACGGAAACAGUUCAUCAUUCCCCUGCAUAUUUCCCUGCUGCUAUCCAGAGAAACCAGCCCCAGCGCCCUGAAAGCUUCCUAUUCCGAGCAGGUGUCAGGGCAGAAACAAAUAAAGGUCAUGCUUCACCCCUUCUUUCAUCUUCUGAACCUACCACUGAUUCUACAGAUCCCAUAACAAGACAGAAUUCAAGGCAGAGAGAAGAAGAACUGGAAUCAAUAGAGCAGCUACGGAAACAUAUUGAGUACCGGUUGAAAGUAUCUCUGCCUUGUGAUCUUGGAGCAGCUCUAACUGAUGGGGUGGUUCUUUGCCAUUUGGCCAAUCAUGUGUGGCCUCGAUCUGUCCCAAGUAUUCACGUUCCUUCACCAGCUGUACCUAAAUUAACAAUAGCAAAAUGCAGGCGAAAUGUGGAGAAUUUUCUAGAAGCUUGCAGAAAAAUUGGUGUACCUCAGGACAGUCUUUGUUCCCCUUCUGACAUCCUUCAGCUAAACCUCAGCGUUAAAAGAACUGAGCAAUUAUGUUUGCCUCUCCACAUUUUAGAAGAGAAAGGUUUGAGCCAGGUUGCAGUGACCGUCCAGGCUCUCCUGGAACUUGCCCCACCCAAGCAGCAGCAGCAGCAGCACCAGUUAUCUGCUGUUUAAGGACCCCCAGCACAUUGGGCAUUGGCCUGGCCAAAACGGAACAGGACAACGUGAUCGCUGCUGCCAGUCGUCUGCUUAAACAGCCCUUACGUGUUCUUAAAAGGGACUGUUUCCAUGAUUCCUAACAGGAAUAUUUUGCUUCAUUUCUCCAUUUUAGGGGAGGUUAUAUUCAUUUCCGCUGAAUUGUUUUGAAGACAUGGUUGGUUUUCACAAGUGAAACGUAAUCCUGUCAUUACUGAGAACCAACACUGAAGCCUAACCUGGCUGUGCUUUUCUAGAGAGUAGACUUUUUUCCACAUACCAGAAAGAAUAUCUUCUCAGAGGAUAUUUAGCUCUCUUGAAGGCACAGACAUGCUAUUAUCUUUACCUGUUUCCAAGACCUUUAGAGUCCACUGGUUUCUAAACUUGGUUGCUCCAUAGAAUCUCCUGGAGCAUUUGUUAAAAUAUAGGUUCUCAUUCAGUAGGGCCUAGAGUGAGGCCUGGGUAUCUGCAUUUCAACAAACAUCCCAGGUAUUUCAUGUAUUGGAGACCACUGUUCCAAGAUACAUAUUUGUAUGAUUUUGGGGGAAGAAUGACUCCACUGUGUUUUUCAGCCACAUUUAAAAUCAAAAGCUAUAUUAUGACUACUUGGACUGUUCUGUCCAAGGCAAAACAAAAAUAACAUAGAACUGGCUUUUUUGGACAAAAAAAUCUUUUGUUCAAGGCGAAACAAAAACAAUGUAGAAGGCCUAGAUUUUGCAUAGUAAAACAAUGAAAGAGUUGUAUUUAAGGCCAGUGUCCUAGGCCUCCCCCCAACUCCAGUCCAAAUCCUCAGGCUAGUAACAUGCACUACUCAGCAUCAUCUGCAUUGAGUCCUCCAUGCUGCUCCCAGGAUACCUGGGCCUGCCAACACCUUCCAGUCCCCACAAUACACUUCCAGCUCCCCAACUGUGAAAACAAAGCAAAAGGGGAAGCCAGAAGUCUUAUAUUUCUUUCAGGUAACUGCCAGUUCCUGUGGCUGAGUUAAAACACUUGCAGCAUCUUGAAAACAGCUUGCUCUCUUUUCCUCUAGCUCCGCCACUAGUGCCUGGUCACUCAGUUGUGUGGAGUAAAAGGGCCACGGUCUCCCGAAACAGAAAGCCAGGAGUCUUUAUCUAAGCCUCUUGGGGGAAAAAUUUUAAGCUUCUUGGAUCUUUCUUCCCCUGUGUUUUGAACCAUUUUUAGUUGUUAGUGAUAUGUUUUGGUCACUGCCUUUAUAAACCAAGUAAAGCGAGUAAGUGAAGAUACUAAUUAACUAAGGGUGUUUUUUUUUUUGUUAUUAACUGUUUUGGGUUUUCUUUACUAAUGCAUGCAUUUGAACAUAAUGGUCUUGCUCUUUUGAUCAUAUAAAUGCAGCAUCUAAAAGUAACUUUGGAUAAAAUCAUGUUGAGUACCUAGUCAAAAUAAUGUUUUCUACUUGUUCUCACAAAGGAACAAGUUCAUCAGAACAUUACCGCUUUGUCCAAGUUUAAAAUUAUAUAACACAAAACAUUCAAAGCCCAAUGCUUAGGGUCCUCAAAGAACAAAAGUAAAAUGUCUUACAAGUGCUUAGAGCCAGAUCCAUUAUAUUAACAGUUCCAAACACAUCCACCAAUCAUAUAACUUGUUUAGAAUUUAGCUCUGUGUAUUUUUAAACUAUAGGUAUUUUUCCUUUUAGUCAACAUUAAACCUCAGUACUGUCUCUAAAUUAUAGAGCUAUUUGCAUGAAACUCGGCAAGACAGGACUCUGUCAUGUAUUAUGCAAGGAAUAAUUCUAAAAGACAUACUUAAUGCAACGUUUGGAACAUUUGCAACUAAUUUUCCCAGAGGAAUAAAUGGAAAUUUCAACUUCAAAUUUUACACAAAGCAUGAAACCUUAUUAUUGUAUUUUUGUCAAACUAAUUCAAAUUUACAUUUGAAUUGCUAGGAAAAAAUUGGUGUACAGUUUUGGUUGAUAAUGAAAGGAAAAUAUCUAAUACAUUGAAUUUCUUUUCUAUGUCAAGGUGGGAAAACAAAUCAUGAUGUUUUUGGAAAUUUUUUUGUACUCAGUGUUUUAUAUGUACCUUUGGAGUUUUUUUUGUUUCUUGUUUUUUUAAAGCUUUAUUGAGGUAUAAUUUACAUGUCACAAAAUUCAGUUGCUUUUAGUAAAGUGCAAUUUUUUAAGUUGUACCUUUGUUUUUUUAACUGAAAAGGUUUAACAUUUAGCCUUAGUAGACUCCACUGUAAGAUGAAGAUGACUAUGUAACAGUUCCACGUAACCAUUUAUUUAUGAGCUUCCUACUGAAGCAACAGCUUUUCCAGGGCUGAAGUGUGAAGGAAGAAAAGGCUGUGCCCCACCCACCAGGGCCCCUGCCAGCCACAGAGACUGAAGUCAACAGGCUUCUGGGCUUUCAGACUCAUGCGUGCUUAGCACUCCAAACCAUUUUUCUCUGGGAACAGCUCAUGGGAGGAGGGGCCUUUGUAUUUGGCUAGAACAGAGUAGGAGGCUUAUUAUUAGGUCACUUUUCUUUAAUAACUUUUUAAAAUACAGCCUUACAGCUAAUCAGGGAGUCUGAUUGCUCUUACUGGCUCAGCAAUGACUAAUGAUGUGUGACUAUGUUAAUGAGUGUGAUGAAUUUUUAAAAACUAAGCACUUAAAUGGUUAUAGAAAUGAAGGAAAACAUGGAUAUUUAGAAGCCUUUUUAUAUACAUAUUGCAGUGAGAUGGUUUACAGCAGAUUCCAUUUUAUUUCAGAAAAUGUUGUAAACAUGUAAUUAGUAAAAGAUUUUGUGAAACGUUGUCCUAUAUUUGUAUGUCUGUAAAUAUGAUGCAUAAGUUCUAAGUAUAAAUAUGUCAAUAUCAUGUAUGUUAUUUUAAAUUGCCUGUAUGCCACCUUACACUUUCAUAUUAAAAUAAAAGCCAACACUUCAAUAGCAUGAGAUAAA